AUGGAUCUGGAUAAACCGUCUGUCUGGGGCUCAUUCAAACAGCGGACCAGGCCUCUGCUACUCAACCUGAGGAAAAUUAAGAAGAGCCCCCACAAACCGCUGGACUUAGGGGAGGGGCCCCACCUGGAUCGCCGCCUCAGCCUCUCUGUCCCCGACCUCCUGGAGGCCAAGGCCCUGGCCCCGGAGCAUGGCCCUUACUCCGGGGCCCAGUCCUCCUACACCUCCGUGCCCAGCAGCCUGUCCACGGCGGGGAUCGUCCCCAAGGGCUGCAGUAGCUCCUUGAAGCAGCCUGAAGAAGAACUGGACUGGAGCCAGGAAGAGGCGGCCCAGCCCCAUGGGGGGGACACAGACUCCGAGGAGACCUUCGCCUCCCCGGCCGAGGACAGGAGGGCCUCCAGCGGCGGCCUCUGUGAUCUGCUGCAGAAGGCCCCCCUGGGAGAGGAUGCCCUGGACGAGCCAGAGAAGCUCUGUGGAGGUGGCGAUCUCAGCGCUUCCAUGACAUCCCAGCAUUUUGAAGAGCAAUCUACCCUCGGGGAGGCCAGCGAUGGCCUGAGCAACCUGCCCAGCCCCUUCGCCUACCUCCUGACCAUCCACCUGAAGGAGGGCCGGAACCUGGUCAUCCGGGACCGCUGCGGCACCAGCGACCCCUACGUGAAGUUUAAGCUGAACGGGAAGACGCUGUACAAAAGUAAAGUCAUAUAUAAGAACCUGAACCCCGUCUGGGAUGAGAUCGUGGUCCUGCCCAUACAAAGCCUGGACCAAAAGCUCCGCGUGAAGGUAUAUGAUCGGGAUUUAACCACGUCUGACUUCAUGGGCUCUGCAUUUGUCAUUCUCAGUGAUCUUGAACUUAACAGAACGACUGAACAUAUUUUAAAACUAGAAGAUCCGAACAGUUUAGAAGAUGACAUGGGAGUGAUUGUGUUAAAUCUGAACCUCGUAGUAAAACAGGGUGAUUUCAAGAGACAUCGUUGGUCAAAUCGGAAGCGCUUAAGUGCCAGCAAGUCCUCGCUGCUGCGCACCCUGCGGCUCUCGGACGCCCUGAGGAAGAACCAGCUCUGGAACGGGACGGUCAGCAUCGCGCUGCUGGAGGGGAAGGAUGUCUCGGGGGGCAACGUGGCGGAGAUGUUUGUGCUGCUGAAGCUGGGGGAGCAGAGGUACAAAAGCAAGACACUGUGUAAGAGUGCAAAUCCGCAGUGGCAGGAAGAGUUUGACUUUCACUACUUCUCUGACAGGAUGGGCAUCUUGGACAUUGAAGUCUGGGGAAAGGACAGCAAAAAACACGAGGAGCGACUGGGCACGUGUAAAGUGGACAUCGCUGCACUGCCGCUGAAGCAGGCCAACCGCCUGGAGCUGCCUCUGGACAGCUGCCUGGGGGCCCUCCUGCUGCUGAUCACGCUCACUCCCUGCUCGGGGGUGUCCAUCUCCGACCUGUGUGUGUGCCCCUUGGCGGACCCCAGCGAGAGGAAGCACAUCGCCCAGCGCUAUUGCUUACAGAACUCCCUGAAAGAUCUGAAGGACAUUGGCAUCUUGCAAGUGAAGGUUUUAAAGGCCGUGGACCUCUUGGCUGCAGAUUUCUCAGGGAAGAGCGAUCCUUUCUGCUUGUUGGAGUUAGGCAAUGACCGGCUUCAGACACACACCAUUUACAAGACCCUCAACCCCGAGUGGAACAAAGUUUUUACAUUUCCCGUUAAAGAUGUCCACGAUGUCUUAGAAGUGACGGUGUUUGAUGAAGACGGAGACAAGCCCCCUGAUUUUCUUGGAAAAGUCUCCAUUCCCUUGCUGUCCAUUCGAGACGGACAAACAAAUUGUUACGUACUGAAGAAUAAAGAUUUAGAUCAAGCUUUUAAAGGAGCCAUAUACCUGGAGAUGGACCUCAUCUAUAAUCCGGUCAAAGCAAGCAUUCGGACCUUUACGCCCAGGGAGAAGCGAUUUGUUGAAGACAGCCGCAAGUUGUCCAAAAAGAUCUUAUCGAGAGAUGUGGACCGCGUGAAAAGAAUCACCCUGGCGAUGUGGAACACGAUGCAGUUCCUUAAAAGCUGCUUCCAGUGGGAGUCCACACUGAGAAGCGCCGUGGCGUUUGUGGUGUUUUUGGUCACUGUCUGGAAUUUUGAACUGUACAUGAUCCCCUUGGCCUUACUGCUGCUCUUUGUCUACAACUUCAUCACACCCGUGAAAGGGAAGGUCGGCAGCACCCAGGACAGCCAGGAGGGCACAGACGUGGAUGAAGAGGAAGAUGAAGAAGACAAGGAAUCCGAGAAAAAGGGCAUAAUCGAAAGAAUCUACAUGGUACAGGAUAUUGUGUCAACGGUUCAGAACAUCCUGGAGGAAGUAGCUUCUUUCGGAGAAAGAAUUAAAAACACGUUUAACUGGACGGUGCCGUUCCUCUCCUUCCUGGCCUGCUUGGUGCUGGCGGCCGCCACCGUCGCUCUGUACUUCAUCCCCCUUCGGUACAUCGUUUUAAUCUGGGGCAUCAAUAAAUUUACUAAGAAGCUUCGCAAUCCCUAUGCCAUCGACAAUAAUGAGCUCCUAGACUUCCUCUCCAGGGUACCCUCUGAUGUUCAAAAGGUGCAGUACACGGAGCUGAGGCCCUGCAGCAGCCAGAGCCCCCUUCGGAAGAAACGCAGCGCUCUCUAGGACGCGCCGCCCUGGACCCCAGCGCCCCAUCCCGGGGUCGGGGGAUUAGCCCUUCCGUGGACCCGUGGAGUCACUCCGACGUGCGCGGUGUGGGGUGCCCUCCCUGUGCUCCCCCCCUUCUUUAAGCGCGGAUGCACACGCACACAGACACGUGCACACGCGCCCGCGGGAGUGUCCCGGUUGCACAGCGGGGGAGCCCCGCAGAAGGAGCCGAUCCGGAGACUGAAAGACUAACAGCCCUUCUCACGUAGGAGACGAAGCAGCGAGGCUGCCACGGGUCUGGGCACCCUCCUUGAGAGCAGCCAGGGGACCACUGGGACUCCAGGGUGACCUUGAACCUGUUUUCGCGCCUCCAGCGGCAGAUUCUCAUUAAGAUUCACUGGUUUCCACUCUCCACCCCCACACUCCUUUCAGAUCAUUGUCCGUGUGAGUCCGUUUUUUUCCCUCUGAGCUAACAAGUGUCUGAUAGACAUCAUCUACCCAAGUAAUGCGUCUUAUAUAAGCAAAUUUUUAAAUAAUUACCGGAUUCGCCCAGAUCUUGGGGAACCGUUCAGCUGUGAUCCCCGAAGACCUGGAUGUAAAAUUUCAGUAAAGUCUUUGGUGCUGGGAACCAGCCUGUAUCAGGGCCCGUUGCCCACUGCUGGCGAUGGAUGCCCCAGGAAGGCCCCAAGGGAGCACU